GUUUCCGUUGCCAAACAGUGAUCAGAAGAGUGCGAGGAAAGCUUCAGAAGUCCCUCACAUGGCGGAGAAGAAGGAUGAGCAAUCGGAGACGGAGAGGCCCGUCCGGGUCUACGCUGAUGGAAUCUACGACCUCUUUCACUUCGGCCAUGCUCGAUCUCUCGAGCAGGCGAAGAAAUCGUUCCCAAACACUUACCUCCUUGUUGGUUGCUGCAAUGAUGAGAUGACACACCAAUAUAAAGGGCGUACUGUCAUGACCGAAGCAGAGCGAUACGAAUCACUCCGUCAUUGCAAGUGGGUUGAUGAAGUUAUUCCUGAUGCUCCUUGGGUCAUCACAAAAGAAUUUCUUGAUAAGCACAAGAUUGAUUUUGUAGCUCAUGAUGCUCUUCCAUAUGCUGAUGCAAGUGGAGCAGGCAAUGAUGUCUAUGAAUUUGUUAAAGCCCUUGGUAAGUUUAAGGAAACAAAGCGCACAGAAGGAAUUUCAACCUCUGAUAUCAUAAUGAGGAUACUUAAAGACUAUAACCAAUAUGUGAUGCGAAACCUGGCUCGAGGAUACACUAGGAAGGAUCUUGGUGUCAGCUAUGUUAAGGAAAAGAGAUUGCGAGUGAACAUGGGAUUGAAGAAACUUCAGGAAAAAGUGAAACAACAACAAGAAAAAGUGGGAGAGAAGUUGCACACAGUUGACGAGUGGGUAGAGAAUGCUGAUCGAUGGGUUGCUGGUUUUCUUGAAAAAUUCGAGGAAGGUUGUCAUCAAAUGGGUACGGCGAUAAAAGAGCGCAUCAAGGAGAGUAUCCAAGAUGGUCUGAAGAGGCAGCAAUCAAAAAACUUUAGCCUGUUGCAGUAUGAAGAAGAUUAGCCAAAGUUAAAAUAACAGUUGACAAGUAAUUUUUUAUAAGUAUAAACUUAGUUUUAUCAAUCUCCGUGACAACUAAUUGUAUGUAUAAAUUUAUUUUAUCAAUCUCCCUGAAAAUAACUGUCUUUCAUUUUAACCAUUUUAUAUAUAGAAUUAUAGUUUGUGUGA